AAAUUGAAGUCUACAAGUACAAAUGGAAGUCUACAAGUACAAAAUUGAAGUGCAAAUGAGCGACACGAGCGGACAACCGGGCAAGAGUCCGGCACCCGAGGUGAAGCCAGAAGGCAGGGAGUUUCUGGAUGAAGGGUCCAAGGAGGAUCUACUGGCGGACACGCAGGUGAUACGCCGGAGUCUGGAGAGCCGCCUCGAUAAACUGCGCGAGGAGAAGAAGUGGGCGGAGCAGUGCAAUACCCAGCUUAAGAUCGACCUCGAUAAAAUCAAAAAGCGAUACAACGCCCUGGAGUCGGACUUUGAGGCCAUGGUGUUGGAGAAGGAGCUCAAGAUACAUGAGCUGAAGGAUUCGCUCAAACUGGCCCAGAUUCGAUGCCAUCAGCUGGAGCCAGAGAACGUGCACCAGCAGCAGUACAUCACGCAGCUGGAGGCCAGGCAGGCGACCUUGGAGCACACCAAUGCCCAGCUGAAUAGGCACAUGAAGGAGAUCGUGGCUGAGAUCAGUUCGCUCAAGAAUAAUAAGUCUCGCGUGGGUUUGAUUUGUCAAGAUGAUUUUGUCACGCUGCAAAAGAAACUGGAAGAGCGGAACAAGGAGCUGCUCCUGCUGAUUGAGCACGAGCACGAGACACUAAAUACCGUGGCCACAUUGUAUGAGGAGAAAACGCGACUGCAGCUGCGCCUUGUGCAAAUGGAACAGAAAUGGGGCGCAGUGAAACAAUAUUUGGCCAAAAGCUAUUUGCAGCUACAGCAGAAUAUUCAUCCGUUUAUAUCCAAACGGGAUGCGCUGCGCCUGGAGCUGGAUCGGCACAAAGGCCUCUUGGUAGCUGCCCAAACGGAGGUGAAUCGGUUGACCCAACUGCAGCAGAGACGCAGGCAGGCGAAAUUAGAGCCAGAGAACUGCAGAUGUGGACAAGGCGAAGCUCUUCGAUGUCGAGCUACAACUUGACGAUUCCCUCACGCUGCAGACCCUCUGCGCCCGCACCCCAACUGUGGACAUUUCCACCACCCAACAGAGUGUGCCCAGCGGACUCAAGCGGAAUGCCGAGCAGUUCAUGGCGUUUAUCAAGCAGCAGGAAAAGCAGGGCGCCAGUAGUGAUGCCACGCCCACCCAUUCGAACAAGAAACAUUUUUGCUGAAUUUUCAAUUAUU